UCUGAAACUCACCACCCACUGCAUAUUAGGCUUCUCCAGUCAAUGAGUACCAUUUUUCCCUUGAAAAGAUAUGGAAAUAAUAAUUAGUUGAUUGCUGUUGCAAUUGCUCUUUUCAAACGUGCACACAAGCUCGAAUUUAGAACUCUGUUUCUGAAUUUUAGGUGAUUAGAUUGUCUUUUUCAUCACUGCAGCUGUAUGCCACUCCGUAAUUGAUAACCAUCAAUUUCCUGUGUUAUUCUACUUAUAUACGCUGUCAAAUAAGUGGGGAGUUAUACAGUUGGCAUGAACAAUGAGCAACAAAGAUCAAUGUGGAGCCUGGAAUUGAUAUACUUGCUCUGUUUCAUAAUACAUGUCCAGUUUAUUGAGAACUCUUUAUUUCACGAUUUUACCUGUUGAUUGACGUUCACUAUAAAGUUUUUCUUCUUGCAAAAUAGAAGAGUAAAUAAGUCUUUCAAUCUUACUUAUGUGAUUGUUUCAAGGUACUGUGGUAAAUGGAUCGCCAAGCUAGUACUACAGAAAGUGACCUGGAGGGCAUGCUUUCUGAUAAAAGCAUGGAGGCUAAAGCCCUGCCAUUCUCUCUUCUGGAUCACAUCACAAAUGGUUUCACUGAUGACCAACAAAUUGGAUGUGGUGGGUUCGCUGUGGUCUACAAGGGACUGCUUGAGAAUGGGGCAGUCGCUGUGAAGAAGCUGUUGGCACGAAGGCCUGAUUUUGAUGAUAGGAAAUUCAGUGGAGAGGUUCGCUGUCUGAUGAAGGCCAAGCACAAAAACAUAGUACGAUUUCUUGGAUAUUGCUCUGUCACACAAGGGCAAUGGGUAGAGUCGGUCAUGGCAGAUUUACACGAAAGGUUGGUUUGUUUUGAGUAUCUACCUAAUGGAGGUCUUGAUAAAUACAUCAAAGAUUCAUCUCGUGAAUGGGGAAAGUGUUAUCGAAUAAUAAAGGGGGUUUGUGAGGGUUUACAGUAUCUCCACAAUGAACGAAUUGUUCACUCAGAUUUGAAACCUGCUAAUAUACUGCUGGACGAUGAUAUGGUGCCGAAAAUUGCAGACUUUGGUAUCUCAAGAUGCUUUGAUGAAAAGCAGACCCAUACUGUCACUUCAAAAUUCGUGGGAACAGAGGGCUAUUUCGCACCAGAAGUCUUCCAAGGAGGAAUUUCAUACAAGUCAGACAUAUAUAGUCUCGGUGUUAUCAUCAUAGAGAUACUGACAGCAGAGAAGGGGUGUCCUGUUGUUGAGGAUGUACUUGAAUGUUGGAGGCAUAAGGUGGAGAAAUCACAGAAAGAACAGCAGCUGGAACAAAUAAGAGUGUGCACUGAGGUGGGCAAGACAUGCUUGGAUUAUGAUCCGGCGAAGAGACCAUCUGCACAAGGUAUAAUCGAUAUUCUUAAGCAAACAGAGAAUAUCUCCCAACGCCUCCUCGGCUCCGCCCAUAGAAUUAACUCGAAUAACAAGGGUGAAGAGCUCUACUCGGAUGGCAUUCAGAGAAUUAACUCGAAUAACAAGGGUGAAGAGCUCUACUCGGUGACGGAGACCGCCAUGGCCUCGGGAGUGCAAAGCCUCUGCAGGCAACUGGACGCUGCUCCGGCCGACGGUGCCAGCUUGUUCAGAAUGAAGAUUUAUAGUACUAGGGUACCGCGGUAG